GAGUCAAUUUCCCUUUUCUUCUUCUUCUUCUCUCCAUUUCGUACGGCUUACCAUUUCCAUUUCUACACACCUGCAGAUUCCUCUGCCGGAGAAUCAUGUCGCCACACGGUACCGACGGCAAUCAUUCACGUGCUUCCGAUUCCUCCGAUGGACACGCCGCCGCCGUCGCCGGAGGAGCUGAGAUUGUUUUGUUCGGAGUUCGAGUCAAAGUAGAUCCGAUGAGAAAGUGCGUCAGUUUAAAUGACUUAUCUCAGUACGAACUACCGCAGCAAGUACCACCUCCUAUCUCUGCCGCUGUAGGCUACACCUCAGCCGAUGACGCCAUUCAGCAUCGGACUCCGGGAAACAGCGAGCGGAAACGAGGAAUUCCAUGGACAGAGGAUGAACACAAGCUUUUCCUGCUUGGAUUGCAAAAAGUAGGAAAGGGAGACUGGAGAGGAAUUUCAAGGAACUUUGUCAAGACUAGAACGCCUACUCAAGUUGCCAGCCAUGCACAGAAAUAUUUCCUCCGCCGUAGCAACCUCAGCAAACGAAGAAGACGAUCUAGCCUAUUCGACAUAACUGCUGAAUCUGUUGCUGCAAUCUCAAUGGAAGAAGAAAACACAAAUGAGUUUCUUCAAUCUCCAAAGGAAGCCCCAGUCCCAGUCCCUGUUGUAAUUGGAUCUCAAAUGCUAUCAAUUCCUGUUUCUGUUCCCGUGCAGAUUGAGAAUUCUAUCCCAACACUGGCUUUGGAACAAAUUGAUCAUGUUAAGAAUGAAUCAUCAAGAGUUCAUCAUCAUGUCCUACCAACCCCCUUUACAUCAAGAACAUCAGAUUUGAACUCAAUGACCACCAAUCAUCAUCAUCAUCAUCCUCUAUCUCUGGAUCUGUCACUUUCCUCCAGCCAGAAUCACUUGCCAAGGUAUUGUAACCUCAACAAUGGUGAAAGCAUAAUCAGUGUUGCCUGAGACAUAAAAAAAAAUAAAAGGGUUGCAAUUAUUAUAUAAAGUAAAAGUAAUUAGUUUGACUAAAAACUAAUCCUUUGUGAUUUGUGUAUUGUACAGACAAAAACAACUUGCAUUUGCUUCUUCUUGUUUCUUUUAUUUGCAUAAGAUAUCGAUAAGAUUCCUCCUGGUUUUUAUUUA